AUGGAUAUUCGUGUGUUGAGGCCAGACGACAUCCCGCACGUGCAGCUGGCGAAUAUCACGAAUCUGCCGGAGAAUUACUUCUGCAAGUACUACUUGUACCAUGCGAUGAGCUGGCCGCAGUUGAGCUAUGUGGCUGUUGAUGUCUCUCGUCCUCCGAAAACCCCUUACGAUCCCCCAAAGAUUGUUGGCUACGUUCUUGCUAAGAUGGAAGAAGACCCCGCUGACGGCAUCCCCCACGGUCACAUCACCUCUCUCUCCGUAAUGCGCACGCACAGGCGCCUUGGAUUGGCCGAGAAGUUGAUGCGCCAGUCUCAGCGUGCCAUGGCAGAAACCUUUGCCGCGCACUACGUCUCUCUGCAUGUGCGUGUGUCAAACCAGGCCGCGCUACAUCUGUACAGAGACACGCUAGGCUUCAAGGUAGACAAGAUUGAGGAGAAGUACUACGCAGAUGGAGAGAAUGCUUAUAGUAUGCGGAUGGACUUGGGCGAUAUGAAGGCGGAACUGAGGUUGAAGGAGGAUGGGGAAGAGAGCGUUGGCAAAGAUGAGGGGGAAGCAGUGGGUGAUGAGAAGGGUGAGCCCGAGAAGAAGGAGAAAAAGAGACUGGUUAAGGUGGGGAGGCAGUUGGGAGUCGCAGAUCUAGUGGAAAGCUCCGCACUUCCCUCUUCAGGCGCAGACCGCGUGGGCGAUACCACUCUGUUCAUUGCAACGGCAGCUUCCUACACUAGCGAUGGACCUACUUUGCCAAUCAUUGGAGGUGCAGGAGAGCAUCUGGACUGGGUGGCUCCCAACCCAAAGGAUCGACCAAUAGAAGAUGGAACGGUAUCCAGGCCAACAAGAAAGCAACGAACAAAUGGCGACCUUCCGACUGAUUCAGCAGGUCCAGGAAGUGGAGCCCAGAAGACAAAGGCCGAGGCCGAGGGAUUGUAUAGGCCAUGGAAUUUACUGCCCGUUGAAGUGUUGCAGCAGAUGGGGGAAAAACUAACCGGGAAGUGGGAAGAAAAGGUUGAGGUGGUGGUGUGGACGAAGAACCAGAACGUCAAGAGUGGGAUUAACUGCCUUAGGAGCUUGCUGGGUUUCGAAGUGAACACAGAAGCUGACGAAAAGUAUGGACGUGAGUUGAAGGAAAACAAGGACGAUGGACUUGUCGCAGUCUCAGCGUACGGCGAGGGUACGACAAAAUUAGUGGGCAUCGUGGAGGUAAUGAAACGAGUCGUUGGUGGAGUUAAGCAGGAUGUACGGGACGGGAGUGGAGAGGCGUGGUUCACGUACACAUGUCUUAGCAGCACGAGCGAGAAGGACGUCAAGAACAAGGUGCCGGUGCUUACAAUAUGGUUCAGCCGAAGGUGUAUCCCAGAGCUCAAGGGCGCGUUUGGAGAGCAGACGCUCAAGAUCAAUCGUACGCCUGCCACAGAUUGA